AUGCCCGGCAAGCGAUUCACAACCCCAGAGCGCCAGCAGAUUGGGGCUGAUGCCCACAUGAUGUCUCCAGCCUCUGUCAUGCGCACCCAUGGUGUCUCAAGGUCACAGAUGUACCAAUUCAAGGCCCGCCACCUCCUCCGGUCUCCCAUGCGCACCAAGCACCCCAACGGUCGCCCUGAGGCCAUUAAAGAAGCAGAUCUCAAGCUACUUGGCUCAAUUUCACGCCACAGCAAACGUGCCACUCUCCAGGAGGUGACAAACAUUUUCUCAAGCCAUACCAAGAGGGUUUCAAAGUCAACUGUGCGGCGCCGGUUAAACGACAUGGGCCGCUUUGCAGCUCUGGCGAAUGAGCUGUGCCACAUGCGAGUGGCGGUCGUGUGUGAUGAGGCCGACAAAUACAGCACCGGCACAGAAGAGGGACAUCUUUGUGCCGGUUCAACCAGCCGAACAGUCGUGACAGAUGCCUCCCCUGCACCUUCAGGGGUUCCGACCUGCAAGAAAUCGCAGAACAAAGUCCCACCCCUUCAAAUCCCGUGCAAUAUCCCGGCAAGUCCAUCGCGCGGCAACAGUAUCACCACGCCCGAGGACAACAAGGUGACGGAGGGGACGGCGGGCUUCCUUGAUGGUAUGGCUCUGGAGGACGGCCAAAAGUGGACCGUCAUCCGCAAGCCGCGGACAACUCUCUUCAAAACCCAUCAGAACGUCUGA